UUCUUUCCCCUCCCCCACCGCUCCACUCUCCACCCUCUCUCCCUCCCUCCUCUCCUUCCACCCUCUCUCUCUCCCUCCCUCCCCCUCCAGCCGAAGUGACAUUGCCGCUGAGGUUGCGUUGCGUCCUCCCGCACACCCAGCGUCGCGUCACGGGCCCCGGUUGCAGGCGGAGGAGCCGCCCGAUCGCGGGCGGCCAGGGAGGCCGAGCCUGACCCGCAGGGCCGUGUGUUUGGGAGGGACCCCGCGCUCGAUCGCCUUUUCCACACCGGAUCCCCGUUUCCUUCGCCCGCGCAGGAAGGAUCCUAGGGCCGGUGCCCCAUCCUCAGGCCUGCGGGCUGACCUCCGUCCUCUCCUCGGGCAGCCGUCCCAUCAUUACGGUCCCCACUGGCUGCCGAGAAGUCCCACUCUACUGUGAGAUGCAUCGCCACAGAUCUCUAUUCCAAUGGAGGCUGUUUUUCCCGGGCAGAAGAGUGCUGGCGUCCACAUUGAUGCACAGAAAAUUGCAGCGGGACACACAUGAAUCCUUGCCUCCCAUGCUCUACAGGUGCAAUGACCUGCUGCAAGCAAGGCGGAGGGAGCUUCACUCGGCGGCUGUCUGCAGAAACCGAGAGCUGGAGUUCACCAGUAAGCAGUACAAUGUGCAGCGCUCAGCAUUCGCUACCGUCACCAAAGAAGACUUGCUGUUCUUCGAACGUCUACUGCCAGGCGGAGUGGUGACCGAUCCUGAUGUACUGGAGGCGAGCAAUGUAGACUGGCAACGGAUUCUGAGAGGUCAUAGCCAGGUACUAUUGAGGCCUCGCACAACUGAAGAAGUUUCCCAGAUCCUCAGAUACUGUAACCAGCAGAACCUGGCAGUGAACCCUCAAGGUGGCAACACAGGAUUAGUAGGGGGGAGUGUGCCAGUGUUUGAUGAGAUCAUUGUCUCAACAGCUCAAAUGAAUAACAUCAUCAGUUUCAACAGCAACUCUGGAGUUCUGAUCUGCCAGGCAGGCUGCAUUUUGGAAAAUUUGAACAACUAUCUUGAGGAACAAGGUUUUAUGAUGCCCCUUGAUUUGGGAUCAAAAGGUAGCUGCCACAUUGGUGGGAAUGUGGCCACCAAUGCCGGUGGAUUGAGACUGUUGAGGUAUGGCUCUCUGCGUGGGACAGUACUUGGACUGGAAGUGGCACUUGCAGAUGGAACGAUCUUGAACUGUCUGACAUCACUUCACAAAGACAACACAGGCUAUGAUCUUAAACAGCUUUUUAUUGGAUCUGAAGGAACUCUUGGGAUAGUCACAGCUGUGUCCAUCUUGUGUCCAAGGAAGCCAACUUCUGUCAACGUAAUUCUUCUGGGUUGUGACAACUUUGACAAACUCUUGGACGUAUUCAAGGAAGCCAAAGGCAUGUUGGGUGAAAUUCUCUCUGCAUUUGAGUUCAUGGAUUAUGGGUGUAGAGAGAUUGUCUACGAACAUCUAAAACUGACAAAUCCAUUACGAGAGGGACCAUUUUACAUCUUGAUAGAAACAUCGGGAACCAAUAAUAAUCAUGAUCAGGAAAAGCUUAAUUGGUUCCUGGAGAAGAUCAUGAACUCUGGUCUGGUGACCGAUGGCACUAUAGCAACCGAGGAAAAUAAGAUAAAGGCAAUCUGGGCUCUGCGGGAACGGAUCACCGAGGCACUGGUUCGUGAUGGCUAUGUAUAUAAAUAUGACCUCUCAUUGCCACUGGAGAAAAUCUACGCGAUCGUCACUGAUAUGAAGAGGAGACUGGGGGAGAGGGCGAAGCGUGUCGUUGGCUACGGGCACCUAGGUGAUGGAAACUUGCAUCUGAAUAUUGUAUCUCAAGCACAAGAUCAGCUGCUUCUAGAUUACAUUGAGCCCUACUUGUAUGAAUGGACAGCUCAGCAUUAUGGAAGCAUCAGUGCUGAGCAUGGCUUGGGCUUUAAGAAGAAAGACUUGAUUUAUUUCAGUAAGCCCAGGGAGGCAGUGCAGAUUAUGCAGCAAAUGAAAACAAUUCUGGAUCCAAGGGGGAUUUUAAAUCCUUAUAAAACCCUGCCGUCCUCCAGCCAGUGAAAUCAUGUCACUAGGUAUUUUACCUGCAAAUUCUAAUAAUUGGUUAUGCUUAUAUUUGAUAUCUUGAUCGUAUGUUUAUGGUUAUCAAGGUGGGAAAUAUUUGCUGGACCACAUGUAACUCAGUUAGACACACAGUAAAGCUCCCUUCACUCUCACAAGUUGUUGCAGUAAGCUCACAGCUCUGUUGGUUGUUACUUUAUGUAUAACCAUCCUUGGAACAGUGCUUUGUUGAUCUGUUCCUGCAGAACCCAGGGAAGAACAAAUUCACUACCUCUGUUGUUCAACUAAUAAGCUCUGUCAUUCUAACAUAACAUUUCCAUUUAAAGCAAAAAAAGGAAUCUGUUUCUAUAGACAUGAAGAUGUUUGACUGGCUGAGUUCUUUCAACAUUUCUAUUUUUCUUUGUGUUUAUUUUAUGUUUUUAUGGGCUUUGUGUUGGUUAUAUUAUGGUUUUGCUGAGGGACUGCUUGUCAAAGUGGAUUUAAUUUAACACCAGGCUUGCAUGAGGCUCCAUUGACAAUGCACUUUGGCAUAUGCAGGUUCUGGAACUGGGUACUUGCUUUAUAUGAAAACAGCUGCUUGAAACAUUCAGCAGGUCAGGCAGCAUCUGUGGAAAGAGAACCAAUUAACAUUUCAUGUCCAGGUCCUUUACAAGUCUGCAUAAAGAUGGCAAUGGGGUAUGGAUCCAUGGUGACAAUCGUUCCUCAACACAAGAUGCUGGAAAUUUUGACAAAUGCCUAGAAAAUGUUGGAGGAGCUCGGCAAAUCAGGCAUCGUGUAUGGAGUGGAAUCAACAGUCGAUGUUUAGGACUGAGACUGUUCAACAGGAUAAUGAAGGUCUCAGCCCAGAUAUAGACUGUCCAUUCCCCUCUCUGGGUGCUGCUGUGUUGUGUUUGAUGACCUGUCCUUGGCGUGAAUGCAUUUGUCCUUUGGACCCAGGGUUCUGAGUGGUAAGUGGUGCAGGUAGAGACAGAGACACAGUACUGCCACACAGCUUCGGUUUAAUUCUGACCUCGGGUGCUGUCUGUAUGGAGUUUGCACAUUUCCCUUGUGGUUGGGUUAAUUGGCAUCUGUAAAUCAUCUCUAGUGUAAGUCGAUGGUGAAUCAAUCAGGCUGGAAUUGAGAGGCAUGUGAAAGGGGAACUGAGUGGGAAAAUAGUAGACUGAGAGGCAACAUAGACCUGACAGCAGUGUGGCUGCCUUCUGUGUGUGAGAAAUGUCGAAGUCUGGGCUCCUGCUCUGGACUGUACAUUCUGGAGCUCUGCUGUUCUGAGUCAACUUACAAAGUUUUUCUUCCAGUGCUCCUCCUCAUUGCCUCUUCCUGAUGAAGCUGCAGCUCAACGAUUCGGGAACAACUUCUCCCCCUCUGCUGUCAGAUUUUUAAAGUGUACAUGAAUCAUAGAACUCUGCCUUGCUGGUUUUUUUUGUAUUAUUUAUUUAUUUACACUUGUAAUUUGUUAUGUCUUUGCACUGUGCUAGUGCCACAAAACAAUUUUACAUCAUAUGUCAAUGAUACUAAACCUGAUUCUAUUGAAUUUGCCAACUUUUGCUUUCUGAUGGAGUUGGCUGAGGAGAACACCAGUUGGAUGUUCAGAUAAGGCUGGGAGGGAGAAAACUGCAGGGGCUUCAACCUUCCCAAACAUUAUGAUCUUCGGAUUUGUGUAAGUGGGUAGAUCAGCAAAAUUGUUAUGACUGGAAUUUAAACAGCAGGGGAGUAUACCAAAUUAUGAGGAGCUUAUAUAGACCAGUGGUAGGAAACAUUUCCCCGUAAGAGAGGCAUCUAAAGCUAGAGGGCAUAGGUUCAGGGGAGGGGUAAAAGGUUUAGAAGAGAGUUGUGUGGAGGCAGAAACUCUCACAACAUUUAUGGAUCAAGAUGAGCUCUUGAAUCAUCAAGGUAUAGAAGGCUGUGGACCAACUAUUGGUAAAUGAGAGAAUUAUAACUGGGUACCCUGUUUAUUAUUACCAUGUGCACUAUUUACUCCAAGUUUCAUGCAGACGAGGAAUGUAAUUGCACUCCAGUAUAUACGACGAGACUAAUCUAAUCUAAUACUUGAUAUCAGUAUGCAUGUGGUGAGUCAAAGGGUCUCCUUCUGUGCUGUAUAACCUCAGCAAAAUCUCUCAGGGUAAUUAAACACUAUGUUGGUAGUAGUUCAGGUUGAGGAGUAAAUUGAAUAUGUAUAUUCUCUUUAUUUUCAUAAUAAUUUGGUAACAAAUUAAAAUGAUUAUGCGUGACUUUAA